UUUAACUGCCUAUUUUGGGGCAUAAUUAAAUAAUUAAUUGACUUGAUGACAACAAAACUGCCAAGUUUCUGCUUUCAAACGAGACCACACUUACUUGUUGUGUGGUCUUAUUUGUGCAAAGGAUUCAUGAACUGUAUCUGCUUUAUUUUGGGUGUGACGUUUCUUUUUUUUUUUUUCUUUUUUUUCCCUCCUUCCUUCCUCUCCUUCCAAACAAAAAAUAUAUAAGUUUCAAUACUGACACAAGCAUGAACUCUGCUCUAUUAAUUCAUAGACUAUUUUAAACUCUACUGACUUAUAAAUCACAUUUGCUACUAUCUGUUUUUAAUUCUGGUACAAAUGAAUUCUUUACUCAACAUUAUAGUUAAAAAAAUCAUACAUGCUUUCAUUAGUUGUUAAUACUUAGCCUAUUCAUCAAAUCAUUGGACAACAUACAUUUAAUUAUUUCACAGUGUGAACGGGACUUUUAUUUUGAUCUGGUGAUGUGACGUCAUAAGGCUGCGCCGCGCUCAUGCGUCUGUUGUUUAGCUGAAGAAAGGAAAAACUCCUGGUGAAGCGACUGAGAUCCACGUGACACACUAUUGUAAAGAUGGAGUUUAUUAAAGAAGAGAUUGAAGACAUAAAGAUGGAGUUUAUUAAAGAGGAGAUUGAAGACAUAAAGAUUGAAGAAACAAUCAGUGUGAAACAAGAAGAAACUGAGGAACAAACAGACCUGAUGGCACUGAAAGAGGAGACUGAAGUGAAUGAAAUGGAAGAGAAAGAUCAAUAUACAAAUCAUCAUGAUUUCAUAACUGCAGAAAAAUCUCUUAGUUGCUCACAGCCUGAAAAGACUUCCUCAAGGACUAGAGGCAACUUUAUCUGCAAACAGUGUGGAAAGAGAUUUAUAAGAAAAGGAAACCUUAAAGCCCACAUGAGACUUCAUAAUGGAAAGAGCCCAUUUAUCUGUCAACAGUGUGGAAACAGAUACACUAAAAAAGUUAGCCUUAAAAAGCACAUGAGAGUUCACGAUAGAGAGAAGGUUUUCGCAUGCUCUGAGUGUGGAAAGACUUUUGAUCAACAAGGAAAACUUAAAUACCACAUGAGAAUUCAUACAGGAGAGAAACCCUACACAUGCUCUCAGUGUGGAAGGAGCUUCUAUCAAAUAGGACACUUAAAAGACCACAUAAGAAUUCACAGUGGAGAGAAGCCUUUCACCUGCAAACAAUGUGGGAGAAGUUUCAAUCAAAAAAGAAACCUAUGCAGGCACAUGAGAACUCACACUGGAGAGAUGCUGUUUACAUACACUCAGAGUGGAAAGACUAUCAUUCAAGACAAGAACCUUAAAGUUCUCAAGAGAGUUCACACUGAAGAGAGACCUUUCAAGUGCCAACAGUGUGGAAACAAAUACACUCACAUAGGAAGUCUUAAUAGACACAUGAGAACUCACAAUGGAGAGAAGCCUUUCCCAUGCUCUCAGAGUGGAAAGACUUUUGACCAUCAUGAAAAACUUCAAGUCCUCAAGAAAAGUCAUAAUGGAGAGAAACCCUACAUGUGCACUCAGUGUGGAAAGAGUUUCAAUCAGAAAGGACACCUUAAACUCCACUUGAGAAUUCACUCUGGAGAGAAACUAUAUACGUGCCAUCAGUGUGGAAAGAGUUUCAAUCAAAUUGGACACUUUAAAGACCACAUAAGAAUUCACACUGGAGAGAAGCCUUUCACCUGUGAACAAUGUGGGAAAAGUUUCAACCAAAAAAGAAACCUAUCCAGGCAUAUGCAAACUCACACUAGAGAGAAGCUUUAUACAUUCCAUAAGUGUGGAAAGACUUUUGACCAACAUGAAAAACUUCAAGUCCACAUGAUAAUUCUUACUGGAGAGAAACCCUACCCUUGCCCUCAGUGUGGAAAGAGUUUCAAUCAAACAGAACACCUUAAACUCCACAUGAUAAUUCAUACUGGAGAGAAACCCUACAAAUGCUCACAGUGUGGAAAGAGUUUCAGUCAAACGGGACACUUUGAAGACCACAUAAGCAUUCACAGUGGAGAGAAGCCUUUCACCUGCAAGCAAUGUGGAAAAAGUUUCAACCGAAAAAGAAACCUAUACAGGCACGUGAUAGUUCACACUGAAAAGAGGCUUAUCUCCUGCCAACAGUGUGGAAGAGCAUUCACUAACAAAGGAAGCCUUAGCAGGCACAUGAGAACUCACAAUGGAGAUAAGCUUUUCACAUGCCCUCAGGUGAAUAGUUUGAAUCAAGAAGGACAACCUUAAAUUACACUUAAGAAAUCACUCUGGAGUGCUUUCAGUGUGGAAAGAGUUUCAAUUAAAUAGGACACUUCGAAGACCACACAAGAAUUUACAGUGGAGAGAAGCCAUUUAAGUGUUGUCACUGUGAAAAGACUUUUUAAAUAUAAAUCAACACUUACUUACCAUUAGGAUUCAUGUAUGAGAGAACUGUUUUAUGCCAUCAGUGUAGACAGGAAUCUUCUUAUGAAUCAUGUAACAGCACCAGAGAAAAGCCUUUCAUGAACUGUCACUGUGCAAAGACUUGCAGAAAUAAAUCAAACAUUGAGGUUCA